AUGGACCUCCACGCUCGUGUGGCAGCAGGGACCGUGCCUGUGUGGAGAGCUGGCUUCGCUGCCCCCGGGGCCUGGCCCUCCAGAGGUGGGAAGUGGCUGGCCUCCGAUGACUCAGCACAGUGGCAGCAGCCCUGGCUCCAGAGGCACGGCCUCCCGGUGACCAGCAGGAGCCUGUGCCAGGAGGAUGCUGCGGAGCAGGGCUGCUCCCCGGGGCCACUGAGGCUGCUUCUCGUGGGGAAGCAUGGGGCAGGGAAAAGUGCCACAGGAAACACUAUUCUGGGCAAAAAGGUGUUCCUGUCCAGAUUCAGUGGGAAGAUGGUGACUGAAACGUGCCAGAGAGAGAGUGGGACCGUGAGAGGCGAGGAGGUUGUGGUCAUCGACACCCCCAACCUUUUCUCCUCAACGGCUUGUGCCAAAGACAAGCAACGAAACAUUGAACACUGCUUGAAGCUUUCUGCCCCCAGCCUGCAUGUCCUGCUUCUGGUGAUCCCCAUCGGCUACUGUAACGUGGAGGACAAGGAGACAGUCGAGGGCAUCCUGAAGGUGUUUGGAGCGGAAGCCAGGAGGUACAUCAUUAUCGUCUUCACUCGGAAGGACGAUUUGGGUAACGACUCCAUGAAAGAUUACCUUCUACACGACACGUUGCUUGGAGGGUUGGUUGAAAACUGUGGACGCCGCUACUGCGUGUUCAACAACAAGGCAGGUGAGGCUGAGCGGGACAGCCAGGUGGCAGAGCUCCUCCGCAUGGUCAAGCUUUUGGUGGAUGAGAAUGGAGAACCCUACCCCGUGAAUUUCAACAAUGAAGGCAAUGGAUUCCAGGACUGUGUGAAAGAAGCUACCUCUCAGAAGGGGGACAAUCCACAUGAUUUGUCAUGCAGACGUGGAGUGACAGUCCACCUGGCUGGCGCCCUGGUUAACAGAGACCCAGUGAAUAUCCCUGGAGGUGCUGACUCUGCCAUUUGCUCAGCACGGGAGCAGCUGCAGGCCACAGGAUCUGAGCCGAACCCUGGGAUGUCAGAACUAAAGGUCCUGCUCCUGGGGAAGCGUGGCGUUGGGAAAAGCACAGCCGGAAACAGCCUUCUGGGGAAGCGAGUCUUUGAGACCAAAUUCAGUGACCACUCAGUAACCAAGAAGUUUAAGUCUGAGAGCAGAAUCUGGAGAGGGUGGAAAAUUUUGAUCAUUGAUGGCCCAGACUUACUAUCUGAUUUAAAGGACUUUAAAUCAGACCUUCGGAAACAUGCCCCUUGGGGGCCCCAUGCCUUCCUGCUGGUGACCCCACUGGGCUCCUUCACUGAAUAUGCAGAGAUGCUGAGCACCAUCCAAGAAAGUUUUGAAGACGAAUUAACUAAGUAUAUGAUUGUGCUCCUCACAAGGAAAGAAGAUCUAGAGGAUCAGAACGUAGACACGUUUUUAACCAGCAAUGGAGCCCUCUGUGAGCUUGUCAAGAAAUGUGAAAACCGAUACAGCAUCUCCAACUACAGAGCGACAGAAAAAGAGGAACAAUGCCAGGUGGAUGAGCUCCUGCAAAAAAUUGUGAAAAUGGUGCAGCAGAAUGGAGACAAGUCUUGCAACUUCAAAAAGGAAGAGGCCCUGCACAUUGUCCUCGUGGGGCGGAGCGGGACUGGGAAGAGUGCCACCGGGAACUCCAUCCUUGGGAGGUCCAUCUUCUUAUCUCAGCUCCGGGCCCAGCCGGUCACCAUGGAGUGCCAGACGGGCAAGAGGAUGGGGGUGGAGCAGGAUGUCGUGGUGGUGGACACUCCUGACCUCUGCCUGCUGUCCAGCCAGCCAGCCCACCGAGAGAAGCUCCGACGCAAUGUAUUUAGCUGUAAAAUGAACACGGUUCUGGUCCUGGUGCUCCAGCUGGGACGGUUCACGGCCCAGGACAAAGAGGUGGUGGGGACACUGAGGACCAUCUUCGGAAAGGAUGUUAUGGAAUCCAUGAUUGUGCUUUUCACCCGGAAGGAAGACUUGGGGGGCGAGGACAUUAGAGAUUACUGCAAGAACACAGAUAACACAUUUCUUAAGGAGACCAUUAAAAAGUGUGGGGGGCGAGUUUGUGCUUUUAAUAACAAAGAAACCGGCCAAGCGAUGGAAGACCAGGUAACAGACCUUUUGAAAAUGGCCAAUGAGCUGAUACGUAAACGUAAAAAGCAAUAUUCCAGAAAAGUAUUCCUAAAGUAAGUAAAAAGUUUCUUUUAAUAGGUGGCUGAAGUGCCUGGGUUCUCUUUAAGUUAGAGACGCACUCAGGUUGGGGGUAUAGGAAGACUGGUGGAUGGGAAGUGGGUUCAUGACUUUUAAGGGCUUGAGAAAUCAAGGCCUCUCACCUUGUGAUGCUUCGGCUCUUUGAGGUCAAUAAAUUUUCAGGUUGGGUAGGUAGUAGAUUACAAAGGAGCAAGAAAAAAUAAGGUAGGGAAAACGGGUCAGAAUCAAGUCACAAGAAUUACCUUACCUUCGCGGGUAGAUCGGAGUCAGGACCAAGGCGGAGGCCAGCCUGUGGCCAGAAUACAUAUUGUUACACAAGAAUCAGGGCGUCCGGAUACAUGAGAGCGAGGCGAGGUCCGGCAAGUCCUGGGCGUGGCAGGGAGGUGCAGCCGGACUCCUGUGGGCCGCCCCGUGCCUGCCAGGCCCGCUGGCCGCUGAGCUGUCCUUCCCUAGUGUGGUGGCUAUUCCUUUGUGCCCUCUCCGUUUCUAGUCUGAAUGCAAAGGGACCCAGUCACCCCUUCUUUGUUGUCCCCGAGGAAAUGAACAAGACCGUGAGGUUUCAAGUGACUAUUGUUAAAUCAUCACAGUGAAGACUAGAACAAAAAUCAGUAAAAUUGCCAAGAUUAGACAACUUUGCAAAAUUUUUAAAUUUUAAGUAUAAUUCUAGACUUCCUCUAGAAAAGGUUAUGGAAAACUCUUUUGCACUUUUCUCCCUUCUUUAUCUUGAGGGUUAGGAAUUAGGCUAUAACCAGAGAACUCACAUAAUUAUGGUGUAAACACAUUAGGGGUUUAUGGUGUCUCAUGUCCGGGGGCAGGCCGUCUGAGGCAAGCGCCGUGUCCACGGUCCAGCUUCAUUCUCAUGCAGUCUCCGCACUUCAGGUUGCCACUGGGUUCCAAACUGGUGAUGUUCUACUCACAGGUGAGCAGUUAAAAUUGAGAGCUGCCUGAUGGAGGUGCUGUGUGAGGCAAGAACUAGAGAAUCUUCUUUCAGUAGAUGUAGGGCCAGAUGUUUUCAAUAUUAACCACUUUAGAGAUACUUUGGGGACAGGAUCUAUAUCACCCGCCUUUGUUUUAUUUUUCUUUUUUGAAAGUAUCAGCUUACCUUCAAGACUGACCCAUUUAUAAGAGCAUGGACUGUCACCAUUAAUAAUUUUGUAUCCUGCAUAACUCUUAUGACAAAUUCUGGAAUCCGUGUAUGUAAAUAUACUCCGCUGAG